GUAAAAAUUAUCUUGGAAACGUGAGCUUACUGUAGUGGUCACCACUUCGGAGCUCCAUCGGCUCUCUGUUCUUAUCCUCUUGGAGAGUUCCACAAGUUUUCUCUUCCUUCUCCACUCAGUUCUUUCUGCUCCGGUUAGGUCCAUUCAGAGCUUUGCAGCUUGUGCCUAACAUCCGUAAAGAAGGGAUGAAGCACCGGUGAGAGAAAAACAGAGGGCGAGAGUGUCGCUGGAAGGAGGAGAGGAGAUGGCAAAGGGGUUCAGGAAUCUGAACCGUGCAAAGCCUCAAAACUAUGGGAUUGGAUUGCUUGCAGUGGUCGGUCUGGUGGCGCUGACCUACGUCACGAUGUCGAGGACUACUGGAAUGCGCUUCUCUGUCGGUGGAGCAGGUGAAUUUGUGAAGGCUGAGAAGAGGCCAAUGUGUGAUCUAUCGAACAGGAAAUCCGACAUCUGUGAAGCGGACGGCGAUGUCAGAAUCAUCGGCAAGGAUACCCGGUUGGUGUAUGUCGCCCCUCCUGGAUCCGUGGAUGCCCAAGGAGGCGAAUCAUGGACGAUCAAGCCUUACGCUCGCAAAUGGGAUCCCGGAUCCGGCGCCCGUGUUCGGGAGGUGACCUUGAAACUAGUCCAUGGCCACGGAGAAGACAGGCGCUGCUCCGUCAACCACACCGUCCCCGCCAUGGUUUUCGCAGUUGGUGGAUGGACCGGCAACUACUUCCACGACUUCGUCGACGUCCUCGUCCCUCUGUUUGAGACCGCCCACCCUUUCGGCGGGGAGGUCCAGUUUCUCAUCGCCAAUAUGUAUCCGCCAUGGAUGGACAAGUACCGACCGUUCUUCCGGAAGCUGUCGCGGUAUGAGAUCAUCGAGUACGACAACGACGACACUGUCCGUUGCUUCAGGCAUGUGACUCUGGGUCUGAGGUGCACCAGCGCCGAGGACUUCCAGAUGGAGCCCUCCAAGUCUCCGCACGGGUACACCAUGUUCGACUUCGCAAAGUUCACCAGAAGCGUUUUCUCGCUCGAGAGAUCCCACCCGUUGAGGGUGGGCGAGCAGACCGACAAGAAGCCGAGACUGAUGAUCAUAACCAGGGCCCAAACAAGACGAUUCAUGAACGUGGAGGAGAUCGUUCGGAUGGCGGAAGAGGUGGGCUAUGAGGUGGUGGUGGCCGAGGGAGAUCCUGAUAUCUCCAAGUUCUCGAGGAUCGUGAACUCGUGCGACGUGCUGAUGGGCGUCCACGGAUCGGCGCUGACAAAUAUGGUGUUCCUUCCCACCAACUCUGUGGUGAUCCAAGUCGUGCCAUGGGGUAAUCUGGACUGGAUCGCCGGCCAUUACUUCAGGGAGCCUUCCAAGCAGAUGAGGCUGAACUACCUGGAAUACAGUAUCAACGAGGAGGAAACCACUCUCACCGCGCUGUACCCAAGAGACCACUCUGUGUUCAAGGAUCCCAUGUCGCUGCACCCUCAGAACGCAGAUUGGGACACCUUCUCCAGGAUCUUCCUCAAAGAACAGAAUGUGAAGCUCGACGUGAGAAGGUUCCGCCCUUUCCUGGAACAUGCCCUUCACAUCCUCAAGGAACAGCCGAGGGAAUGAGAUGGUCGGAGGUUCUGUAUGAAGAAUCAAGCUCUUUUAUUUUCCUUUAUUUCGAAGAAUAGUUGAUGAGUUUACUUACUGUUCCAAGUUAUUCAUUAAAAUUAUCGACAGCAAAUGUGACCGGACAAUGUCUAAAUGCGUUGACUGGACUCCUCAAUGUCCUGUAUCUUCUGCGUUUAUCUUACUUUAGAUGAUUCCAUUGUACUGCAA